AUGGAAGACGGCUUCGCCGAUCAAUAUCCAGCUUGUUGCAACUCAGGUAAAAUUGCUCAAAUUUGGUUCAUUUCAAUUUGGUUUUUCAGGCAUCGGCUCAGCUUAUGGCGGGAGGUACUCUAAAUCGAAAAAAUUCAACGCCAAUCACGAACUUCUCGAUUCUUCUGUGCAUAUUGAGUAAGGCUUUUUUAAAAUUUGUCUGGUCGAAAAAAAUAGAAUUUAAACAAUUUUAAAAACAAAAUUGCAAAAAGCGUGGAAUUUUUUUUCCAAUUCAACUACAUUUUGCAGCAUAAACGACAUCCAAUUGUACGCAAUUUUCUGUGGGUUCAAUGGUGGCUCAAACGCGGCAAAGUUUUCGAUGAACAGAAUGGUUUACGAAAUAUUCCAAGAUCAACCAAUUAAAACGAUCAUGAUGUCGCGAGAGGUAAUAUUUCUUGUUGUUUAAAGAUUUAUGGUCAUUGACUACACUAAAUCUUUUGAGAUAAUCGCGGAACUUCACCGGAAGUUUGCAAAUGUCGCGCGGCGAUAUAUGGAUAUGAUGACGGAUUCUCUUUCAGAACGUUUUAUUUUAAAGGACCAAAAUGAUGAGGUCAAUGCAAACGCCAUUUCCGAAUUGGAUCAGAAGGUUCAUUAUUCAUUUUUUUUUACUUUCCAUCAGAAGUGGUAUUAUGAGUAUUCUCGAAAGAUUUUUCAUUCCGAAAUAAAUUUCACUCGAUUUACAGAUCAGAGAAGGAUGUACAGCCAUUGUAGCUCUACGCAUCGAAUGCGACCUCUUUGUUCUAAACUGUGGCACUUCUAUGUGAGUUUUUCAUAGUUCAAUCAAAAAAAAAGAAUUUAGCAUAACAUAUUUAAUAUUCAGGGCAAUUGCAAUCACCGAUGACCCUUCAGAUCCAGUUGUACGGAUAAAUGAUCAACUUCAUGAAAACGAAAAUCCUGUGGAAAUUGAACGGUUGAAGAAUAUUGGUGUUGAUCCAGAGGUGAUUUUUUUCAUCUGGAAUUUUGGAAACUUUGAAAAAAAAGCUGAUCGUGCGUAAAACCUUUUUUCUUAUCAAGCAGGAAAUUAAUUACAAAAACUUAAAAAAAAGACAUGCUACAAAUUAAACAGUUAUUGCUAAGAGGAAAAAUAUGUUUUUAUCUGAAUGUUUCGUAGUUCGCAACUUUGAUCUUAACGUCUUUGCCAGUGAAAAAAAGGAAACUUGGAGAAAAAUUAGCAUAUUAUUUAUUUUUGAACGAAUUAAAAAAAUAUAAACAUACAUUUUUGCAAUAGUUUGCUUUGUUGUGAUAAAAACGCGUUGCUGCAUUCACUAGCUUUUUUUAGUUACGUAGCAAUUUUUCAGGGCACAAAUUUGCCUGAAAAAAACCUUUUCUAAUUUUUACAAAAAAAUAACAGCAAAAAAAUGAUGUCAAACAAAGCGAUUUUCCAGAACGUUUUAAAGCCAACAAGAGCAAUUGGAGAUUUGCAUCGGAGUCAUUUAUAUGAAGAGAAAGACGUUUUUUUGCGAAUGCAUCUUCCGCUCCAGUCAUUGCCGUGCCUGAUAUUUAUCACGUUGUGGUAUGCUUUAUCAAGUAAAAUUCAACAAAAAAAUAAACUUAAGAUUCAAAACAAUUGGCGUUACAUUGUCCUGAUUUCCGACGGCGUCGUUCAAAACCUGAAAGAGUUUCAAGUUGAAGACGUUGCGAUGUGAAGACUCGUUUGAAUUUCUUUUGAAUCUUGUUUUUUUGGUUUCAGGGAGGUAUACGAACGGUUGAAGGAAGACCAUACAGCCACGAGUACAGCCCAAAGUUUAGUGGACGCCUUUGCGAGGAAACAUUUGGACGCCUAUACCAGGGUAUUUCUAGAUAUUGUGCAAGAUUAAAACGUACAGGUGGAGAUGAAAUUCUAUUUUUUUCCGCUUCUGAGAUUAAUAAGCCCUACUGACUGUUCCAAUAUUUUAAUUGAAACGUUUGUUUCGAAUCUCCACAACCGGUAAUUUCAGGUUUCUGUUGUUCAUUCCUAGAUGAAAAAAAUCUUUUGAUUAACAUAUAAAAUUUUAUAAAUUGGCCUAAAAAGCUGAAGUUGUGUAAAAAAAAAUUGAAUUCUACAUCAAUAUGAAAACUUUUUUCAAAUCAAGAAAUCUGUGCCUAAUGUCCCAUUAAACUUCACCAUUUAUAAUUUUAGAACAUGGUCGAAAACGGCUUCACGUUCAGCAAUCAACGAGAAGAGAUGACAGUAAUAUUCGUGAAGCUGGAGCAUGAUAAUCUCUAUGAAACUUUCAAAUCCUCAACGAACUCCACGUUGGAUUACACUCAGAGCACUACAGACGGCGGUCCAGUGCAGCCUUAUGUUGACGUUCUACCCAAAAGCAACAAACCAGAUAUCCAAAAAUUUCUGUUAGAUACGACAAAGCUGUUUCUUGACAAAUCCCUUUAG